AUGCCCUCCUUCUCUCUCCGCGCCCUCACGACCGCCGCAUUCCUCUUCACAACCACAACAACCGCCUUCCCUCUCUUCCCAAGAGAAACCCAAUGGUCCUUCAACCUCUACCCAACACAAGCCUGCAACGGCACCGGUGAGCUCCACGCCGGCAGUGGAAGUACCGGCUGUCGCGCGCAUCUGGACAGCGUCGCCUCAGCUUACACACUCAACACGGUCGCGGACGGUUGUCGCAUCGAGUUUUACGAUAACACGAUGUGCGAUGGAAACGAAAUUUCUGAUCUCGCGGGGCCGAUGACGACUACACAGACGUGUCGGGUGCCUAAUUUGCAGCGCCGGUAUGCUUCGUAUCAGGUUACUUGUGAGAAGAUUGAGGUUUGA